UGUGUCUAAUGACUCACCAAGCACCAUCAACCAAAACCAAACUUCUCUCAACAUGGGAUCCCCAAUGAUCUCACAUCUCCUUCCUCUCAUGGCUAUCUUAUUAGCCACGCUAACACAAAUCUCAUAUGCUCAAAACUCACCACAAGACUACCUCAAGAUUCACAACAAAGCACGCUCUGACGUUGGUGUUGGCCCAAUAUCUUGGGAUGCAAAAGUUGCAUCCUAUGCAGAAACCUAUGUAAACAAAUUAAAAGCAAACUGCAAAAUGGUACACUCCAAGGGUCCAUAUGGAGAAAACUUAGCAUGGAGCAGUGGUGACAUGACAGGAACAGCUGCUGUUACCAUGUGGAUCGGAGAGAAGAAGUACUAUAAUUACAACAGUAAUUCAUGUGCUGUUGGUUAUCAGUGUGGACAUUAUACUCAAGUUGUCUGGCGCGAUUCGGUUCGGGUUGGAUGUGCUAAGGUUAAGUGUAAUGAUGGUCGUAGCACCAUUAUUAGUUGUAACUAUGAUCCACCUGGUAAUUAUAUUGGUCAGAGGCCUUUUGAUAUUAGUCCUUUUGAAGUGCCAUUGAGCUUCAACCAUGGUAGUUUUGAUGACAAGUAAGGUAAGAUAGAUAAGAAGUGUGGUGUUUAAUGUGAAUUAAAUAAAUGGAUGUGGCCAUUCUGUAUAUAUGUUAUAGUAUACAGAGAGAUUCAUAUUGUAUGUGUUUUUAGUUUUGAGAUUAAUGGAUUCUCAAGCCUGUGUGCAAGCUUGUUUAAUUUGGACAAAUUGUGUAUGCAUACAUACCAAACCAAAUAACUAUAAUACACUUGCAUAAAUAAAAAUGUUUACUUCACCUAAAA